CAACUGAUGACAACUUCCUUCUUUUUCGGUCUUUUCGACGUGAAACGUGCUGAAGAUCGGAGAGAUGGCUGAUAAGGCGAAAACUGCUCCCAAACCGAAAGAGGCCGUACAAAAGCCGGCCGCAAAGAGUGAGGGCAAAAAGGUGCUUAAGGUGAAGAAGCCGAAAGCGACCGAUGCCGCUGGCAAGAAGCCGAAAGUGGCUGAUGGCAAGAAGCCGAAGGUGGCUGAUGCCACCGGCAAGAAACUGCCAGCGGUGCCGGAGUCCAAGCUGAAGCUGGCGAAGAGCCGCGCUCUGCGUCGCCCGAAAGUGCUGCUGCAACGCAGGAAGCUGCGUGCGGUCAAGCUGCUGCGCCGCAAGCAGAAUCUGAUGCGUGCGGCCAAUUACACGAGGAAGUACAUGUGUAUGGAACGUGCAGUUGUCAAUGAGCGACGCGUUGCGAAGAGGGUCGGCAACAUCUACAUUCCGGCCGAGCCGAAGGUAGCCUUCGUCAUUCGUAUCCGUGGUAUCAACAAGGUUGCCCCGAAGGUGCGUAAGGUCCUACAGCUGUUCCGUCUGCGUCAGAUCAACAAUGGCACGUUCAUCAAGCUGAACAAGGCCACCAAGAACAUGCUGCGUAUUGCAGAGCCCUACAUUGCGUACGGCUACCCGACGCUGAAGACUGUCCGUCAUUUGAUCUACAAGCGUGGAUUUGUCAAGCACCGACACAGCCGUAUUCCGAUCACCGACAACUUCGUGAUUGAGCGUAAGCUGCGCGGACUCAAGCUGCAGUGCGUGGAGGACAUGGUGUACCAAAUCUACACCGGUGGUGCGUGCUUCCGCAAGGUAAACAACUUCCUGUGGCCGUUCAAGCUGAACACGCCGACCGGUGGCUGGCGCAAGAAGAACAACCACUUCGUGGAGGGUGGUGACUUUGGCAACCGCGAGGACAAGAUCAACGAGCUCGUCCAGCGUAUGGUUUAAGCGGCGUUGAGGACAAAGGGAGCGCAAAUCUUCCUUCCGGACGUUACAUCGCUUUUUGACUGGCUACGGAAGCAAAUUUGUGGAAAGUUUUUGUGUCGAUAAGCGUGAGGAGAAUAAAAGUGGAGAGAAAAGCCGCCGGUACUCCAGGUGAAAAAUCUA